UUUAAAAAAAAUGAUAAACUCAAAACCCUAAAGUUAUUUUUCCCGCUCCAAGCCUCUCUAACUUCUCCCUCACGCUCGACCCAACCUCAACCGCCGCUCACCACCAAUUCGCGACCGGCGAUGCAGCAGUAGGUCGCGCCACUAUACCCGACCGACCGCCGCGCCGCCUCGAUUUACAGCAACAGGUCGCAGCAGCAGCAGAGCGUAGCUGGCAGCUGCAAUCUCCGGCAACAGCUACAAACAGAAGGAUUAUACAUCAAAACUCACUUGGCAGCAUCAAACUCCGGCAGUGACAUACCGAGAUACUUUUACGUGUGACAAAAAUGGUGCGUGCAUACAAAGUAAAAGGGGAGAAAAGAAAAAAGAAAGGAGAGAAUUAUGAUAAAGAAGAAGAAAUUGAGGUACCUUUGGAAGAGGAGGAAUCAACAAAAAGAGUGAAGACAGAACACUCUGAGGCAGACACCGAGGCAGCUGAAAGAGUUGUAGAUUUACUAUCUGGCAUUCCUGUUGUUGCAACUGAUCAAACCAAUAAACCUGGUGUUGUUUUCAUCAUUGAAAGAGCUUCUCUUGAAAUUGCUAAAAUUGGAAAGACGUACCAACUUCUGAAUUCUGAUGAACACUCCAACUUUCUGAAGAAGAAUGGCCGGAACCCUUCUGAUUAUCGGCCUGAUAUUGCGCAUCAGGCAAUGCUUUCAAUUUUAGAUAGCCGAGUAAAUAAAGCUGGGCGACUGAAAGCUUUGUAUGUGAGGACUGAGAAAGGUGUCCUUUUUGAAGUAAAACCUCAUGUUCGUAUCCCUAGGACUUUUAAGAGAUUUUCUGGCAUCAUGUUGCAGCUGCUACAAAAGCUGAGCAUAACUGCUGUUGGUAAGCGAGAGAAACUGUUGCGUGUUAUAAAAAACCCUGUUACACAGUACCUACCCAUCGACUGUCGGAAGAUAGGCUUCUCUCAUAGUUCUGAGAAGCUGGUGGAUAUUCAGGACUAUGUUAAUGGCGUCAACAAUGACAUGAACCUUGUCUUUGUGGUUGGGGCUAUGGCCCAUGGGAAAAUUGAUAAAGAUUAUGUUGAAGAUUAUUUAUCAAUUUCAGAUUAUCCAUUGAGUGCUGCAUACUGCAUAUCAAUGAUCACGAAUGCCAUGGAGCGCAAAUGGAAGAUUUUGUAGACCGACCUUAGCUAUAUUCUCCCAAGACAUACUUUGUAGAAAGUUGUCCUUGCUAGUUUUCUUUCUAUAGGCCUUUUUGGGUCGUUAAGUUGUGUAAAGGGCAAAUGACCCUCACAUUUUGGAGUGCCCUUUUUGCUCGUUUACGAUCAGUUUAAAACAUUUUGCAGACUUAUUGAUCGUAUAAAGUGAAAUUUUGAUUAUCGGAA